AAUUGCUACAAUUAAGUCCAAAUUGGAACAGGCCGCGCGCCCCGAUUUGGAGAUUGUGUUUAUUUGGGUGCCCUCGCACAAGGGAAUUUUGGGAAAUGAGACGGCGGAUCGUUUUGCAAAAGAGGCCGCUGGGGACGGCCUUAGACCUUAUUUUAAAGUUCCCUAUACGGAUUUAUUUGCUGAGAUUAAAGAUUCGCAUUUUUUACGGUUUGAGACUUAUUUGCAAGGUAAAGCGGCUCUCACAGGUUCGCAUUAGUUUACUCAUUAUCAUUCAGCGAGACGUUACCCAUGGUAUUAUCAUAAACAAUUGAAUAGACAAACUAUUGUAUUAUUAAACAGGCUGCGUAGCAACCAUUAUAAUUUAAAUUAUAGUUUAUUUCGUAAAAAUAUAGUUUCGUCUGGGGGCUGCACGUGCGGUAAUCCACGUCAGGAUAUGAACCAUGUAAUUUUGUAUUGUCCGUUAUAUCGAGAUAGAGCUUUGUUUUUGAUUACUUUUAUUCAGUCUCAGUAUCAUCGUAUUUUUAAUGACAUAACUCCUUUGCUGCAUGAUCCACCUGCCAAGUUAUGCCGGCUUUUAGUUGCAUUUUUCAAAUCUGUCCAACUGUUUCCUUAAUCCUUCCCCUUCUUAUUCCGCGCGCAAUCAAUUCAACAACUGUACGUUGGACAACCUGACUGGGUCCGAGUCACUGCGCAAUUUUGCUGUUGGCCAUGUCGAACCUGAAAGGGAUCGGGUGCCAUGGAACACUAAGAAGAAGAAGAAGAAGAAGAUGGGCCGUAUAACCUUGCGGAAUCUUGUGUAACGUGUUGUAAUAGAGAAUCGUGAGGUAAAAACUUGAAAGGCAUAAGCGAGACAAGUCAUUAUUAAAAAGAUAUAUUUAUCCAUGAUGUCGGGAAUAUUCGUAGACGGUCAAUUUAGUGACGCCGAAGAGGGAAAUGAUGCACUUUGCGUAUCAAGUACUGUCAACAAGAAGCGCGCAUCUCUUGUCGAUUCUAAUGUGCAACUUGAGAAAGAGGUAGCCAGUCUAAAAAUCAAAGACAUUGAAAACAGUGAUAAUGAUGAUGAUGAUCACUACAGUCACGACAGUGAUUACGAUUUGGAUGUGUACGAUGAUGAUAAUCUUGGACGUAAUAGCAUUGCAAAAACGAGUUUGCAAAGGCCCAAUCUUCAGACCGUGUCCACAAAGGUCACGAAUUACCAGCCGAAGCAUAAGUCGCUGUCUCGUUAUGCAAAUAAAAUUAACUUGGAAAAGUACGAAGGACCAGUGUUGCCGGAUCGCGUGGCAAACGUGCUGAUUCAGAACGAUAGACGCGUCGACAGAGAUCGCGUGAGGGUGAGGGACAAGAGUGACCACGCGACGUGUGAGAACGUGUUGGAUUCACGUAUCAAGAAGAAAUUGCACAAGCUGUUCGAGCGAGGAGUACUGGCGCAGAUAGAUGGCUGCAUUUCGACUGGAAAAGAGGCCAAUGUGUAUUACGCAAGAUCGAAAAAUGGGGACGACAUUGCCAUUAAAAUAUACAGAACGUCGAUCCUAACGUUCAAAAAUCGGGAGAAAUACAUCAGAGGCGAGUAUCGGUUCCAGCACGUGCACUCCUUGCGCAAUCCGCGGAAAAUGGUGAAGAUCUGGGCGGAGAAAGAGUUUUGUAAUCUCAAGCGCCUUGAGCAGGGCGGUGUCAGAGCGCCUCGGCCGAUUUUGUACGGCGGUGGUCACUUGUUGCUGAUGGAGUUCCUAGGUACGGACAGCUGGCCGGCGCCUAAGCUAAAGGACGCCGCGCUCACGGCUUCGAAGGCGAGGACGUUGUACAGAGAAUGUAUCGAAAUAAUGUGGAAAAUGUAUAACAAGUGCAGACUCGUUCAUGCCGAUUUGAGCGAAUAUAAUAUGCUAUAUUUCGAUGGAUCGAUCGUUGUCAUUGACGUUUCGCAAGCUGUCGAUCGCGAUCACUGUAACGCGAUAGAAUUCCUUCGAAACGAUUGCAGCAAUAUCACAGCGUUUUUUAGAAAACACGAUGUGGAUGUUAUGUCUCUUCAAGCACUAUUUGAUUUCAUAACCGAUCCAACGGUAAACGAAAAUAACAUGGAUGAAUAUUUGGAAAUGCAGAUGCAAGUAACGAAACCAGAAAAUGAUUCGCAACAGCAGGUGGAAGAGGCAAUCUUCAAGUGGGCUUACAUUCCUCAGAGAUUGACUCAGGUGAUUAACGUGGAACGCGAUAUAAAACUAGCAAAAUCUGGUAAGGAGGACUUGAUUUACAAGACGUUGGUGGGGUUAAAAGCGGAUUUAUCGAAACCCGCGGAAACACCUGAAAUUCUUGCUGAUAAAUACAACAAAGAGAACAAAGAUACGAGAGUAGGAAGUGACGGUGAUUCCGAAAACAGCGAUAACUCUAGUGACGAAACGGACAGUGAAACGGAAAGCGAGGAUGAGAAUAAGAGGAAAUUUGUGAAUUCAGCCAGACCGCGAAAUGAAAGUUUGGAAAGUAAAAAGGCCCGCAAGAAGGCGGUUAAGGAGAAACAAGCGGAGAAGAGAAAGACAAAGAUCAAAAAACACGUGAAAAAACGUAAAGUAAAAACAUCAUCAAAGGGAAAAUAGAUAUUUGUGUAAAAAAGAUAUGAAAGAUUACAUUAAAUAAAUGUAUUAUAUUAUAUUAUUAUACAUAUACUUUGAUAUCUCAAUGGUACAUCUAAAGCAAAGGCUCUAGCAGGGUAUGUAUGUAGGGUGAAUCGGCCCCAGGCGUAAAUUUUGAUGACACUUGGCUCCAAAGUUAGCUCCCUAUAUGAGAUUUAAGUACACCAAGUUUCAAACAUGGGAAUCACUGUUUUUAGAAGUUAUGUUAAUAAAUGUGAUUUCAUGAUUUUUGCGAAUAUCUCAGUGGUGUUUAGAGAUAUUUAUUUAUAAAAAUACUGGUAGAUGCAGGGACUCAAGCCAAUAAAGGACUAUAUAUCAAC